UGGUCAAUCGAAGAACGUUGCCAUUUCCGAAUUUGUUUGCCUUUGGUCAAUUGCUUAGCAAAAAAACACAAAAUUUUUUUUUUUUCCGAUUGAAUACCUGUAGAAGAUAUCAAGGAUAAAAUAUUCAGCCAACGCAAUUGUAUAUCGUUCGGAUACUGUUCAGCGGAAGGACUUCCGGAUCGAGUGGUUACGACUUUUCCAAUUAAACAUUUCCGCUUUGUAGGGGGAAGGAUUUACAACGCAAUUCACAAUGCAUCUCUUCUUCUAUGUGAUCCACGUGACGACAAUGCUGGCCAUCGUUUCAGGAGCCAGAUCGAGAGGAGACGGUGGUUGCGGCGUCUUUGGCCAUUCCUGUCUCGGUGGACAUGGAAAACGAGCUUCUAUCGAUUUGAAACCAAACAUCGACGAUCCGUCCACUCGAAUUUGGCCCAAUGCUGUUGGACAGCUCGCGUCAUCCAGAGCUGUAACUCCCAUUCAAGAGCGAUUAAACACCAAACCGCUUCAAGCUUUAGAAUUGGAAUCGGUUUUGGUAUUCAAUGACAUCCCACGAGGCGCUGAACAUUCCAGGUAUUUGAGCCAAGAAGAUUAUGACAACUGAUCCGGAUCGUUUUUUUUUUUUUUUGCCAACACCUUUUCCCUCCCCCGUGUCCCUCCUCUUCCAUUUUCGCAUUGUUUGUUUUCCAAAGAAAUGCAGCCAACCAUUUUUCCCUUUUAAAAGGUCAUUGUAAAGAGACGUAAAUAAGGGAAAUGCACCGGGCCAAUCGGUCUUAACGGGCGUAAUGGACCGGCAAACUUGUCAGUACGAGAAAGUUUGGAAAAACGGACACAAUGACCAGGUGCAGAGAAGAAAGGGUAGGGAGGGGAAAUGUUGAAAACACCUGACAUUUGAAGGUCAUCUCUUUGCUUAUAAGAUCAUUCACCAAAAUUAAACUUUAAGUGAUUUAUUUUUAUUUUUGUCCUUCGGUGUAGUAACAAUUGGGCGGCCAUUUUUUUGUGCUGUGAACGUGGCAUUUCCUGUUGAUGUAAUACAGCAUUAGCUCUCUCUCUCUCUCUCUCUUCCCUAUACUCUUUUUUUAAAUCUGUAUCCAACCUUUCAUUCUCUUCCUCCUUUCUCCCGCCUUCUCCGAAAAUGCUGUGUACUAUUACUACGACUACUACAACGCAUACCUGCGGGUAUUUUCUUUGAAUUUUUUUUUACCCCCUCGAGGCUGUUUACCUGUAUCUUCUCACUUUCCCUCCAUUUUUGUCUUCUUUAGGUGUGUCUCGCCCCAUUUUCUUUAAGCCCUAUUAUUACCAUUAUUAUUACUUUACAAACAUGCAGUGCAUAUUUCUCGCUCUACACAAACAUAUUGUUGAUUUUGCAACAUGGCUAUCGGUCGUACGAGAACGGGUCGAUGGGUAAAAUACACUUCAAUACAAGCUUGA